UAAAUCGCCACCAACCCUCCUCUUCUUCACGAUCAUUUUUGUAUCACUUUCGUACCAUUUCUGGAAGCUUUUGGAUCCAAUAUCAAAUGUCAAAUCAAGCAUCUUGACAAGAUCCAUUUUAAAUUCGACUGUCGAAUAGAAUUCAAAGUCGCAAACGAUUUCUGGGGUAAACACGAGGUUCAGGGUCCACAUCUCCAAUCAUGACGGACAUACAGACGGAACAACCCGCUCAGCCUGCUGCGCCAACACUAGAAACUACCAACCAUUCAAACAAGCAUGGCAAACAUAAAUCAACAUCGCCAUUACCUGAUGUAGCACCUACUAUUGGUGGUGUUGGCGUGGUAUAUGAGGACAGUGAGAAGGCACAUGCAGCUGCUACAUCUUUUAAACAUCAUCCAAGUGAACUCUCAGACCCGGAGAAAGACUUGCAUGAAAAUGCGUCCGCGGGAAUCGGUGCACCCAUAGAGCACGAUGGGGAGAAAGGGGGAGUUUUAGAAGGGACAGAAGAAUCAAACGAAGAAGAUGAUGACGAGAACCAUUAUGUAUCAGGUGUGCCACUGGCACUCUUGACUUUUGGUCUUUGCAUGGCUACGUUUACUGUGGCGCUGGAUAAUACUAUCAUCGCCACUGCUAUUCCCAAAAUAACCUCAGUCUUCAACUCUCUGGACGAUGUUGGAUGGUAUGGAUCCUCUUACUUGCUUACGACAACCGCCCUUCAACCAUCGUUUGGACGUAUAUAUACCUAUUUUGAUGUCAAAUGGACUUAUCUCUUCGCUCUUGUCCUCUUCGAGGUUGGAUCUAUUAUCUGUGCCGCUGCAAGAAAUUCAGUCAUGCUUAUUAUAGGGAGAGCGGUUGCCGGUGCAGGAGCAUCAGCACUAUUUUCUGGCGGCAUGACAAUAAUUGGGUUCACCGUGCCUUUGAUUAAGAGACCAUUGUAUAUUGCUAUGCUAUCAUCGAUGUUUGGCAUUUCUAGUGUCGUCGGUCCCCUUCUUGGUGGUGCUUUAACUGACAAGGCUUCAUGGCGAUGGUGUUUUUGGAUAAAUCUUCCAUUUGGCGGAAUUGCUAUUGGUGCCGUAGCAUUAUUCUUCAAACCUCCCCCAAGAAAAAUAUCCGGCAUGACCGUCAAGCAAAGAAUUCUGGAAAUCGAUCUCGUCGGAGCGACUUUCCUCAUGGGGGCGAUCAUCAGUCUACUGUUAGCCUUACAAUGGGGUGGUUCGAAACACCCUUGGAGCAAUUCGAAAGUCUGGGGCUGUUUACUCGGAUUCGGUCUUUUGAUCAUUGUAUUCAUUGCCCAACAAUUUCGUCGCGGUGAACGAGCUACCAUUCCUCCAAGGAUUUUCAGCCAGCGAACUGUUCUUAGUGCCUGUCUAUUCUCUUGCUUUAUGUCAAUGGGUCUUUACACACAUAUCUAUUACCUUCCCUUCUACUUCCAAGCUGUAAAGGGCACCUCCGCAGAAGCUUCCGGUAUUCGUACGAUUCCAUACCUCGGCUCCGUUAUCGUCUCAUCUAUUUUUGCAGGCGCUGGUAUCACUGUCCUUGGCUUCUACAAGCCUUUCAUGAUUUUUGCCGGUGCAGUCUUCACGAUUGGCGCCGGACUCAUGUACACGCUUCAAGUAGGCUCUAGCGUUGGAAAAUGGGUAGGCUACCAAUUAGUCUGCGGAAUCGGUGCAGGCAUGGGAGUACAAAUUCCAUUCAUCGCCGUUCAAGUUGUUCUCAACGCAAAAGAUAUGCCCAGUGGAAACGCCAUCGCUAUUUUCUUCAAUUCCCUCGGCGGAGCCAUCUCUAUUUCCAUUGCACAAAAUGUGUUUAGCAACGGACUCGUCAAAUAUGUACCUCAAUACGCCCCUGAAGUUGAUCCAGCCGUCAUCUACGCUGCUGGUGCAACACAUCUUCGCGAGGUCAUUAGUCCUGCUGACCUGGUGGGUGUAUUAGUUGCAUAUUGUAAAGCUUUGGAUGAAUCGUUUGUUUUGGCAAUUGCGGUUGGUGCUAUUGCAACGUUUUGUGCAUGUUUUGUGGAAUGGAGGAGUGUCAAAGGCAAGAAAAUUGAGCAUGGAGCUGGUGCAGCUUAGUGGUUGGAAAAUGAGAUAAUACUGCUUUUCAAUUAAUACAUAGCCCUGUGGCGUUUCUUCUAGGGAGGGAGAUUUUUUCAGAUGGACGAUUGGGUUGCGUGGUUUGGUUGUAGAUGCAUGAUGGUUGGGAGAGGAGGUCGUUACACAUGAGAUAUUGAUGAAAUGAGAAUCAAAGGGAAAAUAUGGAUAUGAACAUAACGGACACUUCAUAUAAACCAACACACAAAACAACCUCACAAGUACGGAUGAUGACCACUUGUACAGGUAAGGGAAUAAUAUAUAUUUUUUGAUUUCGAAAGGACG